GUGAAGUAGGGAAUGUCCGUUAUUGUCAAGCAGUCAAGUCACUCUACUGACUACGUGCAACAUAAAACUAGCAGAAUCAUCAUUGUACAUUCGAGAAGACGAAUUUGAAGACCAGAAAAGAUGCCUGAAAUAAAUCCAGAAGUACUCAAAGUAUUCGGCUUUUGGGGUAGUAUCUUGGUUCUAAAACUGCUAGCGAUGACACCGUUAACUGCACGACAGCGAAUAAGAAAAAACGCAUUCGCAAAUCAAGAAGAUAUUAUGCACGCAGGUAAAGGCAAGGUGGUUUAUGAUGAUCCAGAUGUGGAGCGUGUACGCAGGGCACACUUAAAUGAUUUGGAAAAUAUUCUCCCUUGGUUCAUUAUCACAUAUCUCUGGCUAGGAACAGGACCUUCGCCAUGGUUGGCCAAAAUUUUUAUUCGAACCUUUGUACUUUCUCGCAUAGCUCACACUGCAUCAUACAUAUUUUUACAACAACAACCUAUGAGAGCGAUAACUUUCUUCGUAGCAUUUGGAAUUAUAGGCUACCAAGCAGUUAAGACAUUAAUGUACUAUUCCUAAGCUUUACAUAAACCUUUGAAGCAAUCGAAUCUAAACGUAUGUGAAAUAA